AUGGCGCCUGAGGCCCCUGCGGACACCGCAGGCCCAUCCUCCCCGCCACCACAACUCCCAGAAGGGUGGCUCCCCCAGUGGGAAGGUGUCGGACGGAAAUGGUAUUACGUACAACGCACGACCGGGAAGUCGCAAUGGGAGAUCCCAACCGAACCGGUCGUCCUGACCCCGUCAACAACACCGACGCCAAUGGGAGCGGGGCCAUCGCAAGAGCCAAGAUCACAUCCGACAAGCAACAGUACUCGAGAGCUGGAGUCCGUGGACACAACGGCAGGCGGGACGUACUCUGCGGCGGACAGUGCGAGAAUUUCCGUAGGGAAUCGCGCUCAUUAUGUCUGCAGCUCCCUUGACUCCCAUAUAUACGGGCAGUCGGACAAUCCAACUUAUGGGUCUUCCGGGGUACCGGGUUGGUAUUCGAGUCAAACCGGUCAACACUUGCUCGACGGAUAUCAGCAGCAGCUCGCUGCAAACGCAACCGGAUAUGGGCAGAAUUCGGUGCAACGCGGCCCUGUUGGACAAAUGAAUGGUGUUCAGCAAGCAUUUUAUGCGAGCCAGACACAUCCGGGGUAUCAAAUGACAGGUCCACACCACAUGGGCCAAAAUAUCUCCUCAUCGGCGUGGGGUAAUAAUCCAGGUACCUAUCAGGGACACCAAAGCGGUUACAACAUGACGCAACAUGCACAAUCCUUCCAAGGGUUUUCUGCUGAUCCUGCUGGAUUGCAUAACCACCAGCAGCCAGCAUCGUGGACAAUAACUAGCAACUCACAGGGCCAAAUGGCAAGGUCACUGGAAGGAGCUUCCGAUUCUCAGCCACCGUGGCAAUUGGAAUCACAAGGCCAUUUGAAUGCCUCUGGUGAGGCUGCCCCGGUGAACCUACACCCAUCAACCAUGCCUAAGCCCUUCUUUGGGUCUUAUUCGUCCAACCAGCAUGCGGAACCGUCUUCGGAAGAAUUCUCUCGCCGUUUCUCGAAUCCUUCUCUUGUCCGGGAAGGGCAACACUACCAAACUUCCGCGGAGAGUUUCCCCAACCAUUCAUCCCACUCCAUGAUUGAGCAAGGUAGAUUCGGACAAAGCCAGCCGGACCCACGUUCCCAUUCGCAACAUACUCCCACAGACCCUUCUUUGCAGGGAUUUUCACCGCUGCAGCAUGUACAGAGUCAGUAUCAACAGCAGCACAUGAUACGAAAACAGUCAGGACCGCACCAGGCAAAUUUUGCCCAAGGGCAUCAGCAAUAUCACAACCCAAUGGCGCAGGUCAAUGUCAACCAAUACAUUUCGCAGCAUCAAUUUGGUCCUAGCGGUGGUUCGACGGGUUUUUCCGAAAUAGGACACGUUCACCAAGCGCCUUACCACCAAUCGAGUCAUUAUCCCGAGCAUCUCGAACAUUCACCGGGGGAGACAGGAAAAAAUUCAGGGUCGCGUUUUGUUAGUGGGCCAUGGACCUCGGUUUCACCUUCUGCUGGACAGUUGUAG